UUUCUCUUCUGUUUUGACUGUUACGGUCAGACUCACAUUCUGCUGAAACACUUGAUGGCCAACGAGACGAACCCUUGAUGCCUUAAAGUUAUUGGACAGUUAUUGAUUAUUCUUAUAUUUUAUAUAUAUUGAUUAUUGAAGUCAAUCAUCUGUCGCGUGACUCGGAUCAAAAAGGUGCAGUCAUGGGAGAUUUACUGAAGGAAAUACAGCUCAUGUUCCCAAAGGCAGCUGAGGCCCUGACAAAAGCAGGUUUUGUAACCGACAGUGACAUCCGGUCACUGACUCGAGAGGACCUGAACGAGCUGUUACCCGGAUCCGGGGAUUUCGAUCUGAGAAAGGACGUGUUUGAGAUGAUUCAAAAAUCGAGCCCACCAAAUAUGCCGCAAAAAGAAGUGGGUGAGCUGCAAAAUAAGUUGGCCAGCUGUGCAGUCAUGGGAGAUUUACUGAAGGAAAUAUACCUCAUGUUCCCAAAGGCAGCAGACGUCCUGACAAAAGCAGGUUUGAUAACCGACAGUGACAUCCGGUCACUGACUCGAGAGGACCUGAACGAGCUGUUACCCGGAGCCGGGGAUUUCAGACUGAGAAAGAACGUGUUUGAGACGAUUCAAAAAUCGUCACAAUUGACAAGUUCGGAGAUCCCCCCUAAUGAUAAUGUUGACCCACUGAAGAACAACAACACAAGGCAGCCGGACUCAAAAGAUGACGAAGGUGCAGUCAUGGGAGAUUUAUGGAAGGAAAUACACAUCAAGUUCCAAAAGGCAGCAGACGCCCUGAAACAAGCAGGUUUUGAAACUGACAGUGACAUCCGGUCACUGACUCGAGAGGACCUGAACGAGCUGUUACCCGGAGUCGAGGAUCUCAGACUGAGAAAGGACGUGUAUAAUAUGAUUCACAUUCCGAGGCCAGCAAAUAUGCUGCUAAAAGAACUGGGAGAGCUGCGAAAUAAUCUGGCCAGCUCUGCCCAAAUUGACUCUGGGGUCAGUAUGGACCACAUCCGUUUCAUUACUGAACAAUUGGUAAUUGUGCAGGUCCUUCUUAAUGAUAAUGUUGACCUACUGAAGAAGAUCAACACAUGGCAGCCGGACUCAAAAGCUGACAAAGGUGCAGUCAUGGGAGAUUUACUGAAGGAAAUACACCUCAUGUUCCCAAAGGCAGCAGACGUCCUGAAACAAGCAGGAUUGGAAACCGACAGUGACAUCCGGUCAUUGACUCGACUGGACCUGUAUGAGCUGUUACCCGGAGUCGAGGAUUUCAAACUGAGAAAGGACGUGUUUGAGACGAUUCAAAAAUCGUCACAAUUGACAAGUUCGGAGACCCCCCCUAAUGAUAAUGUUGACCCACUGAAGAACAACAACACAAGGCAGCCGGACUCAAAAGCUGACGAAGGUGCAGUCAUGGGAGAUUUACGGAAGGAAAUACAGCGCAUGUCCGAAGAGGCAGCUGCAGUCCUGAAAAAAGCAGGUUUUGUAACCGACAGUGACAUCCGGUCACUGACUCGAGAGGACCUGAACGAGCUGUUACCCAAAACCGGGGAUUUCAAACUGAGAAAGAACGUGUUUCAGACGAUUCAAAAAUCGUCACAAUUGACAAGUUCGGAGACCCCCCCUAAUGAUAAUGUUGACCCACUGAAGAACAACAACACAAGGCAGCCGGACUCAAAAGCUGACGAAGGUGCAGUCAUGGGAGAUUUACGGAAGGAAAUACAGCGCAUGUCCGAAGAGGCAGCUGCAGUCCUGAAAAAAGCAGGUUUUGUAACCGACAGUGACAUCCGGUCACUGACUCGAGAGGACCUGAACGAGCUGUUACCCAAAACCGGGGAUUUCAAACUGAGAAAGAACGUGUUUCAGACGAUUCAAAAAUCGUCACAAUUGACAAGUUCGGAGACCCCCCCUAAUGAUAAUGUUGACCCACUGAAGAACAACAACACAAGGCAGCCGGACUCAAAAGCUGACGAAGGUGCAGUCAUGGGAGAUUUACUGAAGGAAAUACAGCGCAUGUCCGAAGAGGCAGCUGCAGUCCUGAAAACUGCCCAAAUUGACCCUGAGGUCAUUAUGGAAAAAACUCGUCUCAUUAUUGACAUAUUGCUAAAUAUGCAGGAUGACUCAAAAGCUGACAAAGAAGAUUGGGUCACACUUGAGGAACCCCAGAAGUCCCCCUCCCCAGCCAUGGUCUCUAGCUCUUACUUGGAUGGAUCCCAAGAUGCUUCCAGGUCAAAAAGGAAAUGCAAUGCCUCCAGAGACUCAAACGCCAGAACGUCAGGACACAACUCUCAGGAAGUCACAGUGAAUUACAAGAUGGUUGUCGGAGGUCAAACCUUUGGCGCACAUAAACAGCUGAUGGAUCAAGUGAAUCAAGCCACUAAGUGCGACGUUCGCCUGUUGGAAAACUCUCAGGACAGCCAGAUUAUUAUUGUCUUCUGUCCAAUCACUUCACGCGUUGAGUCAGACGUGAAGGCAGUGAUGAGUGGUGUCCCAGGUGACAACCCUGUCAUUCUGGUGAAAAUGCACCAUGUAUGUGAGCCCAAGUCCUCACUGUGUUUAAAUACAUCGAUUGAUGACAGGAAUAAUGUGCUGCAGGUCAACGUUUUCUACCAUGAGACCUUUCCUGGGUUACUGAAGUGCGAACUAAAUGACACGGCUGUCUCUCAGAUCCAACACGAAUUACUGAAGUACAGUGAUCAUAGAAGUAAAGAUACCAGUCAAAUUACUUCUAAUGAAAGGUUUGUUGAAAACCCUGUAGGAUGGUUUCAACAAAAAUAUUGCCAGGCUAAAAAUUUAAAAUAAGAAUUGCUGAAACCUACAGGACUAUAGACAUGACUCAAAGCUUACAUAAAAUUCAGCAUUUAUUUAUAUGUUGGGAAUGAUAUCACCACACACAAUAUGAAGUCAGAAUGUGUGAAUCCAGAUCUGACCCCUAAUUUGAUCCACACCGGAUUUUAUUGGGUUAGGAUAACAAUCUUGUUAACAAACAAACAGGGUGAAUACAUAACCAAUUUUAUUGCAAUGGAUGGUCUCAGCUACAACAUCAGAAACAAACAGAGUAAAUGUAUAAUUAAUGGAUCUUGAGUUGUGUAUUUUAUUUAACAUUUAUUCUAACAUUGAUGUAUGAGUAUGAAAUAAAGCUAAAUAUAUAGUAUCAGUAUCUUAAACAUUUGUAUAACUGUAAAAUCAAAGAGGAGAUGAUGACAUCGAUUGAUGAGUUUUUUUUCCCAUGUCUGCUGUUCAUUUUCUAAAGCUGCCAUAAUUUAAUGUGUUGUGUCUUUGUACCAGUCAUGGUUUUUAAAUAAGAGAUUUAACAGCACAGAGGCUACACUUUCAGUAAUCAGCCAACUUUGUGUAUUGACCUACAAGAGGCAAAACAUAGAAUAGAUUGGCAAAUAAAGUUUGUUUUAAUGUGCAUUUUGCUGUAACUGCUUACAAUGGAAUGUAUGAUGUGUAAUUACUGUACAUGAUGACACAAAAUAAACUUCAAGUAUGGGUAUGACCAUAA